GAGGCUAGUGUAUAUAAGUAAAAGCACGAAUAGAUAUAGAUUAAACAGCUCAUUCAAUAUGCCGGGCCAAAAUGGACAAUUGGAUUUACAGAACAAGCAAGGAGGAAAAUUAUUUGGACAACUCAAAAAUAGGCAAAAUGAAGAACUGACAGAAAUAAAUCAGAGUUACCUAGAAGAUGACUCGUUACAGGAAAUAGAGGACUUAGCUGAUAAACUGAUUCAGUAUAAAGAUCAAUUUAUGGAGUUCGAUUUGGACAACUCCGGAGAUAUUGACAUUAUGGAGCUGAAACAAAUGAUGGAGAAACUGGGAUGCGCUAAGACACAUCUAGAGCUGAAGAAGAUGAUCGCAGAAGUGGACACGAAUGGAUCUGGAACCAUUCAUUACAGAGAGUUCCUUGAUAUGAUGUUGGGCGGAAAGUCAACUGUCCUAAAACUCAUUCUGAUGUUUGAAGAGAGGAUGCGAGAGAAGGAAAAACCAACAGGACCCCCUCCCAAGCGUGAUCUGAGCAGUUUGCCAUGAACAUGGUGUCGAUCUAUCGGGAUAGAUGAGGGUCUUCCUAGAGGAAAAAAUGGAGAGUCUGAAAGUGUGUAAGGUGGUGAAUGUAUGAUAAUGAAUGGGGUAAUGUGGUAGGGAGAAACAUAUUGAUCAAGCAUUCUUAUUUUUCAUUUUCAUUACUUCCAUGUAUACUUUGCCUUCAUAUUGGUGAUCUAAUGGUGUAUAUAUCCAUGUCAUCUUAAAUUUAUAGUUCAUUUUGCAUCUUCCAGAAUUGAAAGGUGCGAGGUUUGAUAUAUUUAUGUUGUUUAAAGAACAUUUUGUGAUCAUCACGAGAAGUGAGCACGUUGACGUAACAUAUAGCAUAUAUAAUCCAAUAUCUGUAUAUCAUAUUACUGAGUUUAAUCAUUAUCAUCUCCAUUACACACUGGUAUCUACAUUGUUUAAUUCCAUGUAUGAUAUUCAAUU